AUGUGCAAGGGAUUCAAAUCAACCUUGACUGGCCCUGCUCUCCAAUGGUACAUCAAUCUUCCUAUCAAGUCCUUCAAGUCCUUUGCAGCCCUUAGCGACAAGUUCGUGGAGCAAUUUGCUAGUAGUCGCAACCUAGAGAAGAACUCAGACGACCUCUAUGAAGUCCUCCAGCAUAGGAAUGAACCCCUUCACUCCUACAUAGCACGCUUUAAUCAAGAGAAGGUGGCUAUCCCUGAGUGCAACGCUGAUACGGCUAUCUCGGCCUUCAAGCGGGGUCUACUCCCGGAGGGAGAUCUCUACAAGGAGCUGAUCAAAUAUAAGUGCAGGACUAUGGAGGACGUAUUGUCUCGUGCUUGGGCUCAAGUAAGGUGGGAAGAAGAUGUUGCUAGUAGAGCCAAAGCCUGUCCUAAGUACGAUCAGAAGUCCUCAAAGCCGACUAGGAAUGACCGCGAUGAGCCCUCUCAUCCCAAGACCGCUAGGGAGACCAGCAACCCAAGCAGGGGCAGGUACCAACAUCGACCUUUGCCUAGAUCCGAGGGGAUGAUGGUGUCCACUUGGCCUGAUAUCUCUCAUCUUGCGAUAUCAAAACUGGAACUGAUCGGUGUCCUACGACAGAUGGGUCCACAAGUUAGAUGGCCUCCUAAGAUGAAGGCUGCAGAGGCUAAUCGAAACCCCAAGCGGUGGUGCGAGUUCCAUAGUGACCAUGGUCACACCACGGAAGAGUAUAAGGCCAAGAACCUUCUAAAUAAGGAAGGUCCCGGUCUCCCUACCAAAGCAUCUCCCGUAUUGCCACCACAGCAAGAUCGAGUGAUCCACAUCAUCACAGGCGGAUCAGAGAUAAGCAGAAUUAGUAGUGCCACUGCCAAGAGAAGUACUCGAAAUGCCAGGAAUGGCCAAGAGGCCGAAGGUCCUAAGCGCCUACUCCUCGGAACAGAUGAGAUCAGCUUCACUGCGAGGGAGCAAGAGAAGGUCCUUGCUCCUCAUCAUGACGCCCUUGUCAUUUCACUUACCAUAGCAAACUGUUUGGUCAAGUGA